AUGAAUAGUAAAGACAAAUAUAUAGAUUUAAAGGAAAAUAACCUUUCACUGCGGAAACAGGCAAAAAAAAAUUCAAAAAAGCAACUGCAUGGACAAAAAAUAACUCAUUUAUUUUUGCACGAGAAGAAUAUUUCCGAAAUUCCUCUUCCGAAAAAUCCAACUCAUAUAAUCUAUGCCUACUAUCAUAACAAUUAUAUUACACAAAUAAAAAAUGUUGAUGUUAUGUACAAUUUAACACAUUUGCAUUUACAAUGGAAUAAAAUAGCCAGGAUUGAAGGUCUUGACAAAUUAGUGAAGCUAAAAAAACUAUACUUGGGAAAUAAUCAAAUAAGUGUCGUAGAGAAUUUGGAAGCUUUGAAAUAUUUAGAAGAACUUCAUAUCGAAAAACAGUGUAAAGAAAACGGUGAUCCGUUAUGUUUUGACCCUAGAUCAAUGAUUUCUAUUGGUGCAUCGCUUAGAAUACUCAAUGUGUCGGAAAACAAAAUAUCUGAUGUAUCGUGGGCUAGACCAUUACGUCGCUUAGAAGUUCUUAUAGCUAAGAAAAAUCUUCUUGAUGAUGUUCAGUCUGUUGCAGACGACUUGUGUACCCUUGUGAGUUUGGUGGUCGUGAAUUUCACUGGUAACCCAAUGACUAAAAAACAUAGAUAUAAAGAAAUUAUUAUAGCUAGAUGUGGACCAUUACGAGUAUUAGAUGACGUUCAUAUUCACAAUACAUCAAGAAUUUUCCUGCAAAGUUUCGAUAAAGUUGUUCGAUUACGUCAAUUGCAUGAAAAAAAUAAACUUAGUUUAUCACGAGAUGGCGCUGAUGAGUUUUUGGCACUGAACAUGUUACCAGGACCCAGGGCUCGCUCUGCACUCUCUAUAUCUGAGUUUUCUAAUCAGAAACCUAAACUAACCGCGGUGGAUGCCAGCUAUACCUUCAUGCCGAGGGCUUUCUGGCGUAAUCGCCCUGAAGAUGUUGACAAAGCUCCAAUACCACCAAUGGAACCAAAGGGAAAUUCCUCUCAAAGCGCUCCAAUAAAGGGCAUACUAAAAAAACCUAUGCCAAUGAAAUAUAUUUGA